AUGUUUGGGAUCCAGGAGAGCAUCCAGAGGAGCGGCAGCAGCCUGAAAGAGGAGCCGCUGGGGAGCAUGAACGCGGUGCGGAGUUGGAUGCAGGGGGGCGGUGUGCUGGACGCCACCACGGCCGCGCAGAGUGGAGUGGGUCUGGCGCGGGCUCACUUUGAGAAGCAGCCGCCCUCCAACCUGCGCAAGUCCAACUUCUUCCACUUCGUGCUGGCGCUAUACGACCGGCAGGGUCAGCCCGUGGAGAUCGAGAGGACCUCCUUCCGCUUCGUGGAGAAGGAAAAGGAGACGAGCGGGGAGAAGACCAAUAACGGGAUUCAUUACCGGCUGCAGCUCCUCUACAGCAACGGCAUCAGGACGGAGCAGGACUUUUAUGUUCGACUAAUAGACUCCAUGACUAAACAGAGAUCUGCAGAGAUCUGCACAGAGAUCUGCACAGAGAUCUGCAUAGAGAUCUGCAGAGAUCUGCACAGAGAUCUGCACAGAGAUCUGCACAGAGAUCUGCAGAGAUCUGCACAGAGAUCUGGACCGAGCUCUGCACAGGGAUCUGCACAGAGAUCUGCAGAGAUCUGGGACAGAGAUCUGCACAGAGAUCUGCACAGGGAUCUGCACAGAGAUCUGCGAAGAUCUGCACAGAGAUCUGCAGAGAUCUGGACAGAGAUCUGCAAAGAUCUUCACAUAGAUCUGCAAAGAGAUCUGCAGAGAUCUGGAAAGAGAUCUGCAGAGAUCUGGACAGAGAUCUGCACGGAGAUCUACACUGGACAGCCUACAGAAGAGACGUUCUUCCUCAAGUUUUUCCUCAAGUGCAACCAGAACUGUCUAAGAACGCAGAACCCCCGAGACAUGAGGAGGUUCCAGGUGGUGGUCUCGACUACGGUGAGCGUGGAGGGACACGUGCUGUCGGUGUCGGACAACAUGUUUGUCCACAACAACUCCAAACAUGGCCGACGGGCCCGCAGGCUCGACACCACGGAAGGAACGCCAUCUUACCUAGAGCACGCAGCAGCACCCUGUAUCAAAGCCAUCAGUCCGAGCGAGGGCUGGACUACAGGGGGCGCCACAGUCAUCAUCAUAGGAGACAACUUCUUCGAUGGUCUCCAAGUCAUCUUUGGCACCAUGCUGGUUUGGAGCGAGCUGAUCACGCCCCAUGCCAUCCGGGUGCAGACCCCGCCCAGACACAUCCCCGGAGUCGUCGAGGUCACCCUGUCUUACAAGUCCAAACAAUUCUGCAAAGGCACACCGGGAAGGUUCAUAUACACAGCAUUGAAUGAGCCUACCAUAGACUACGGCUUCCAGCGGCUUCAGAAGGUCAUCCCGCGACACCCUGGAGACCCUGAGCGACUGCCCAAGGAGGUUAUUUUGAAGAGAGCAGCCGACCUGGUAGAAGCUCUAUAUGGGAUGCCCCACAACAACCAGGAGAUCAUUCUGAAGCGGGCGGCAGACAUCGCAGAAGCUCUCUACAGCGUUCCUCGAGGCCACACCCAGCUCUCAGGCUCCACCCACACCGGCAUGAUGGGCGUCAACUCCUUCACUGGGCAACUGUCUGUCAACGUCUCAGAACCUUCACAGGCCAAUCAGGGUUUUGUACGCAGCAGCAGUAGUGCAUCUCCCCAUGGCUAUGUGCCCAGCACCACCCCUCAGCAGAACAGCUACACCUCAGUCACCAGCACGAUGAACGGCUACGCUAACAGCGCUGGCAUGGGCAACCUGGGCGGCUCGCCAACUUUCCUCAACGGGUCUGCAGCUAACUCGCCUUACGCUAUUGUCCCAUCCAGCCCCACCAUGGCCUCCUCCACCUCCCUCCCCUCCAACUGCUCCUCCUCCUCUGGUGUCUUCUCCUUCUCCCCGGCCAACAUGGUCUCCGCGGCCGUUAAGCAAAAGUCGGCCUUCGCCCCGGUGGUCCGGCCCUCCUCCUCGCCCCCGCCCUCCUGCACCAGCGCCAACGGCAACGGGCUGCAAGAUCAGUCGUUCGUGGACUCUAGCAAGUACUCGACAGCCAGCUCCCUACAAGGCCUGGCCUUCACCUGAAUAAUUCCUGGAAUGAUCGUUCCACCCAUGUGAAGGUGUUCAUGUGUUCACACGUGUGCGUGUGUGUGCGUGUGUGUGUGUGUAUGUAUAUAUGUAUGCGCCCGCAAUGCGCAUAUUUUGUGUGUUUGUGUGUACGUGAGAUGAACGCAGCACACUCACACCAGGCGUGGGGAAGAAUGCCAGUACCCGUCAGACUCCGGUCAGCGAUCGGACCGGCUGUCCGACUUUGAAGGACUGAACCCGAACUCAGGCCCGUUCUGCCACGAACACAACCUCACACAGGCGACCGCGGAGGAGGGGACACGGGAAGACAAAAGACUUCUGAACUGUUUGCGACGAAAUAACUUCUUUAAACUUUGUACACCUUGACACUUUUAUAAAAGAGAAAGGCCACACCUAUAUUACCCAUGACACCUCUCCCUCGGUGGAUACAGGAAGUGUGUUUAUUUUGGAGAGAAUCCGCUUCCUCCUCCCUUGAGCGAUUGUUCCUUUGUUUUGCUUCUUUUUCUUUCUUUUUUUUUUUUGCUUUUGUGCAAAUUUACGUGUGAUACUCAUCCUCCAAAUGUAAACACAAGGGGGGGGGGUUCUAUUUAUGACAUUUAAUCAUCGAUGAAGGAAUCUAAUGUGAAGAACGGACAGCCGCCUAGCGACGAAGACGCCGAUGAGGAGCGCAGCCACUUAUGGUCACGCUGACAAGGGACCGUUGGAUUUGUACAGGGUCAAAUUCACACACCCCUCCCCCUCCCACCCACCCACCCAAAAGUAAACGAAACCAGACGUACGCGUCACUUUUCUGUGCCAUGCCAAAACCGCAUUGCCAUGGCAGCUGUAGUGACUGGCAGCCAUUACACACGACGGUGGGCGACACGUUACUGUCGCAGCAGUUCUUCAGGCUUUGCAGCGGUGGGUUUUCGGUCGUUGAGCUGGGUGGUUCACGAUAUGCCGGAGCCGCCCCCCCCCCCCCCCCGACGCUGCAGAUAUACACGCCGUGUGAAUCUGAGCAUUUAAUGCAUGCAUGUUGCACCGCUUCCUCGGUGUGGCUCCGGCUGUAAGGUAAAAAAUGCCAUUAUGUGGAAAGGCGCACGUGCUUUUCGGUUGUUUCGGGUGUGAGAAGGCGCAAGGACCCCUUUGACAAACCUGAGCUAACAUGGAAACCCACAACUACAGUGCUAAACCCUCGAACUCAGUUCAGCCCCCCCCCCCUAUUUUUUUUCUCCUCAGUUGCACUGGACCGGUUACCCCACGCUUCUGAGCCGUCCCGGUCGCUGCUCCACCCCCCCUCUGCCGAUCCGGGGAAGGCUGCAGACCACCGCAUGCCUCCUCCCAUACAUGUGGAGUCGCCAGCCGCUUCUUUUCACCUGACAGUGAGGCGUUUCACCAGGGGGGACGUCGCUCGUGGGAGGAUCACGUUAUUUCCCCCAGUCCCCCCCCCCCGAACAGGCGCCCCGACCGACCAGAUGAGGCGCUAGUGCAGCGACCAGGACACACACCAACAUCCGGCUUCCCACCCGCAGACACUGCCAAUUGUGUCUGUAGGGACGCCCGACCAAGCCGGAGGUAACGCGGGGAUUCGAACCGGCGAUCCCCGUGUUGGUAGGCGCGACAUGGCCUCCUUAUUUCCACCGUGCAGCAUUAGAGAGAAGGUCUGCUAAUGCAGCGCAGAUGAAUCCCCUCCGGAGUGGCUUCCACCGUGCACAACCAUGAGGUUCAUAUACGGCUUUCCCACGUGUCCCCAAACCGUUCAGCUAGUCUGGGUGCCAAAAGCAUGCCUAGGAUUUGUACCAGCAGCACCCCGGCCACCGAGUCCCUCGCGCGGCUCCCUUGCCAUACGGUCCAGCGUGGCGUAGGGGACGAGGGGGGGACAGCGACGUCUUACGCACUGCUGCCAUUUGUGUCUUUGACUUCAAGUGUGAGUUUUACUUUUGCUCUCUGUUUCCUUUUGAGUUGAUGACGCCGCCGUAUUCAUAUUUGACUUCCUGUUUGCUGUGUUUUUGGGUUUUUCGCGUUUGAAACUGUGAUCACUCGGCCAAUCGGAUUGUGUUUCUUUCUUUUUUUUUCUUAUUUUGUUCCUUUGGUCCGGCUUGACAGAACAAAUUUAAAUGCAAAACAAGCCAACGGUGUGUCUUAAUGGUUAUGCUGCAAAAAAAACAAAACAAAACAAAUUAAGAUGAACAAACCUCUUUAUCUCUAAUGAAGUCUUAAAAUUCAGUUUUUCUCGCAAAGGUGAGAAAAACCUGCACCGAGGGGGAGCUCGUGCGACUCGUCUCCAGACCGUUUUUUUUUUCACCCGCAUUCCGGGAACUCUGCCUCUGAUUGGCUAGUACUCGUUGCCUCCGUUGGUUAGGUUGGUUAAGGUUAGGGUUAGGGUGGGGUUAGGGGAUAGGGUUAGCCAAUCAGAGAUAGAGUAGG